GUUACUCUAGUCUAACAUGGCUGACGACGUGAGCUCCAUACCGGUAAUCGCAGUUACUGCAGCAGUCGGCGCUGUUGUUCUUUUGAUUGUUCUACUCUGCACCAUAAGCAGAGGCGAUAAAGAUGACAAAAAUCAAGAAGAAAACAAGGAAUCAACAAAUGGAAGCAAAACAGGAAAAGCAGUGGAGAAAGCAUCUAAGAAGUCAAAGCUGGCAGCCAGUACUAAAAAGUCCUCAUUUGUCCCAUUUGCACACAAAUGGCUGGCCAGCUCACUCAAAGGACACAGUAGCAGAGUUGUCUCUAUGGACUUUAGUCCAAAUGGCAAAUAUCUUGUGACUGCAUCAGAUGAUCGAGUGAUGAUGCUGUGGAGCACAAAAGAGUUUUCUCAAAAAGAGCACAAAUUUAUACGUUUGAAUGUUGACUUGGAUUCAGCUACUUCUGUCAAAUUCAGUCCAGAUUCCAGAGCUCUGGUAGCUAGUCUAGCCAAUGGCAACAAAAUCCGCGUGUUCCGCCUAGGAAAAAAAGAUGAUGGCAGUGGAAAUGUAGGAGUUGCUGGUACGAUGGAUUUUCCUCAGGUCUCCCCAGCUGAGAUUAUCAAUGUAGGCAUAUCUAGCAAGGGCACCUUCAUCAUGGCCGGUUUGGCAGACACCCAUCUCAUAAUCUAUGACCUGAAAGGUGAACAGCAAGAAGUAAUCAACACACACCAGAUGAAGAACUACUUUUCUGCCCUGUCUCCAUGUGGUCGAUUUGUCGCCUCUUCAGGUUUUACCCCUGAUGUGAAAAUCUGGGAGGUCUCGGGAACCCCUGGAGAACUGAAGGUCACACGAGCCAUGGAGUUGAAAGGUCACAAUUCUGGUGUCAGCAAUUUUUCCUUCAAUGGUGAUUCCAGCAGGGUAGCAACAGUAUCAAAAGAUGGAACAUGGAAGCUGUGGGACACUGAUGUUCGCUACAGCCAAGGCCAAGAUGCAAAAUUGCUUUUCACUGGAUCAGUGAGUCUCCCAGGACCAAAUCUUAUUGCAAUUUCUCCAGAUGGUCGCACAGUUGCAAUAUCAGGAGAUUCUUCUGUGGUAUUUUGGGAUACUGUAACACAGUCUGAGUCAGUGAUCUUGCAAGAUUUACAUUCUGGACCAAUCACAGCCCUUCAGUUUAACACCUCAAAUCACUACCUGGUUACAGCAGGAGACAAACACCUGCAAGUGCUUCAUAACGUACCUGGCUAUUACAGUACUAUUGCAGACUUAGAGCAGCGAGAGAAAAAAGCAACCAGUGCUGGUAUGAGGGAAAGAAUAUUGGAACAGAUCAAAGAAGCAAGGCAAACACUUAGUAAUAUUCUCGGAGAAAGUAAUGAAGAAGUGGUUACCAAGAAAGACAGGGCAAGCUGACACUGAUGUAUUCUUCUGUAAGCAUGCCAUGCUAACAAUAGAUGCAACGUGGUAGACAGUUUGAAAGAACAUACAACAGGCAAAACAAUGGAUGAAAACUGAGAGGCACUUCAAUUGUUUUUGUGGCUCACUUGUCUCACAAAACAAAUAUUUCCUCACCACCUAGUUGAUAAUUUUCUAGCAUGAUGGAACCAGCUACAAGAUGCAUUCUUUUUUAUAUGAAAUAAAAAGUGGGUUACAUAUAAUUAAAUCAACAAUAUUCAGCAGAGAAAACGGAAUCUGCCCUGUGGACAACUUACAUUCAAGACAUUAAAUUACACUCAGUGAAUAUUUUAAGCUCUUUGACAGUUGGUGCCUUCAUUUUGUCAUUGUCUAAAGUAUUUGAUAUGACACCGAGGAGGAAGAGAGAAUUUUUUUUUUACAAAUGUCCAACUUAGCUAGGGAGAAAUGUGAUUGUGGUGGUGGUAAUGUGUGCGUGUGUUGGGGGAUGAGAGGGGGUGGAAUAUGACAGUUUGUCUCAGGCAGUCUAAUUAAAAGAAAAAGAAGGGGAUUUUUUAAAGGCUGUUUGUGUUGAUAGCACUUUACAGAAUGAUGUUAUAAUUACUUCUUCCUAAAACAUGUUGCAGUAAUUGUAUAAUGUUUAUGUACGGAGCUUUUGUUAGUCUCUUCAUAAAUACUUAAUCUUAAACUUGUACUUUUUUCCUGGGAAAGUUUACUCAGUAGUAAGUAGUUGGAAGUCAGUCAGGCUUUUUUUUAAAAAAAAAAAUUAAGAGAUAUUACUGUUAAGGUUGAUGUGUUUUAGAAAAAUGCUGCGCUUGAGUAUGAAUGCUCAACGUUAUCGUUCUCUUUAGGCAGCAAUUAACGUAUGUGACAAUUGUUUCGGCAUACAAAUUCAGUGUAUUAGAGGAUUUUCUCCUCUUGCUACAAUCAGGCAAUGAUCAUAUUUUGUCUUGUGUUUCAAAUAAUGAAUCAGUUCACCAUUUCCUCAUAAGAACUUUGUAACUUAGAAUGAAACACAACUGCCUUCACCAAUUAAACAAAUUGGACCACUA